CAGAAAGUUGAAGCUUCGGGCCCUCAGCCCUACGAGAUGGAAAUGCUUCCAUCGAUGCGCCACAACUCGCCCCAGCGCACCCUUUGCUCCCGUUCACUGUUGGGUGUUUGUGAUGUUCGCGCGAGUGGUACUCUCGCGACCAAUAGCUACAAGACGAGUCUACCUCUUCGCACACACGCGCCGCCCCUUCUCCACCACCGACCUUCCCAAUGGCAUCAAGCUGGCCUACGAUCUCCAUGAGCCGCCAUCCGGCGCGGCAAAUGCUCCUCCCAUCAUCUUCAUCCACGGCUUGUUCGGCAGCAAGAAGAACAACAGGAGCAUGAGUAAAGUCUUCGCUCGCGACCUGAAGCGACCCGUCUACGCCAUCGACCUGCGCAACCAUGGCGACUCUUCUCAUGACCCACGGCACGACUACGGCGCUCUCGCAGAAGACGUGGAGCUGUUCCUGCAGCAGCAUAAGCUGGAGAAGACCACAUUGAUCGGUCAUUCGAUGGGGGCCAAAACCGCCAUGACGGUCGUAUUGAGGCACAAGGUGCGAAUCUCGAACCUGAUACCGGUCGACAACGCGCCCAUCGAUGCCGCACUCAAGAGCGACUUCGGGAAGUACGUGCAAGCGAUGCGCAAGAUCGAAGAGGCGGGCUGCAAGCGCCAAUCGGAAGCCGAUGCGAUACUGCAGGACUACGAAGAAAGCUUGCCCAUCCGACAAUUUCUACUCACGAACCUGUUGCGGGACCCGGACACUGGGUUGCAGAAGUUCAGGAUACCAAUCAAAUACCUCGCUAACAGUCUGGACAAGAUGGCCGAUUUCCCAUUCAAAGACCCAGAGGAGGUACGGUUCGAGGGACCUACACUGAUCGUACGAGGGACGAAGAGCCACUACGUGGCAGAUGAGAUGCUGCCCACUGUGGGCAGAUUCUUUCCGAAGUUCGAAGUUGUGGAUAUUGAAGCGGGUCAUUGGGUAAUCAGUGAGCAGCCGGAGGAGUUCAGGAAGGCUGUCGUGGACUGGCUGCAAGACAAGGAGUAGGAGCCCCGUCUCCACUGGGGGCCACAAGAAGCCUUUACUUGCACGACCAUCUGCGUAGGUACACGACUUGUGCGUAAGCUGCGCGAAUCGCUACGAGCAACGAUUGCAGUUGAGCUACAUGCUCGUCGCUAAGAAGUCCCUCGGAGGACCAACCGUCUGCUCGCUUAUGGUGAUUGGCCGUAGAGGUGGAGACGGCGGGCCAGCCAUGCCCAGAGCCGGCCA